AUGUUUCAGGCAAAUCAGACAUCUGUAACAGUUUUUAUCUUCCUGGGAUUUUCUCACUACCCUAAAGUUGAGGUCGUCAUAUUUAUGCUGUGUCUGCUGAUGUACCUAUUCACCUUGCUGGGCAACAUAAUUCUGAUCUCCACCACCAUCCUGGAUUCCCACCUGCACACCCCCAUGUACUUCUUCCUCAGUAACCUCUCCUUUCUGGACAUCUGGUACACCUCUUCUGCUUUUGCUCCAAUGCUGGCAAACUUUGUUUCACAGAAAAACACCAUCUCAUUCUCAGGAUGUGCUUCUCAGAUGUACUUCUCUCUUUCCAUGGGCUCCACCGAGUGUGUACUUCUCUCCAUGAUGGCCUAUGACCGGUAUGUAGCCAUCUUCAAUCCCCUGAGAUACCCUAUCAUCAUGAACAGGAGGGUCUGUGUGCAGAUUGCUGCUGGCUCCUGGGUAACAGGCUGCCUCACUGCCCUGGUGGAGACGGUGGCUGUGUUGCAGUUGUCUUUCUGUGGAAACAGUAUCAUCAAUCAUUUCACAUGUGAAAUUCUGGCUAUCCUGAGACUGGCUUGUGUAGACACUUCCACGGUGCAGUUAAUCAUGCUAGUGAUCAGCAUACUUCUUCUCCCCAUGCCAUUGCUACUCAUUUGUACCUCGUAUGUUUUUAUCCUCUCCAGCAUCCAGAAAGUCCGUUCAGAAGAUGGUCAAAGCAAAGCCUUUUCUACAUGUGCAGCCCACCUGACUGUGGUGGUUUUGUUCUAUGGGACAGCUGUCUCCAUGUACCUGAAGCCCUCAGAAGUGAAUUCACAGGAAAUAGAUAAAUUUAUAGCCUUGAUAUAUGCUGGAUUAACCCCCACGUUGAAUCCUAUCAUCUAUAGUUUACGGAACAAAGAGGUAAAAGUGGCUGUGAAAAAAUUGCUGGUUAAAAGUCCUUUCAGGAUUGUCUUAAUUUCCACCCUCAACUAG